ACGCAAGGCAGUUUCCGAAGCUGCGUCCCCCUCCUGGAAUCCGGCGAGACCGUCCAUUUCCCCCGGGGGAGCCGCGGAUCCUGGCCUGGGGAGGGGGCGAGGGCAGGAUUUGGGGUGUGCACGGUCUCCCCUGGGAGGAGACGUUUCCCCAGAAGGAGCUCCCUCUCGUUUCGCUACCCGGCCAGGCUUCCGGUCAGCGGAGGGUUUUCUCCUUCUUUUGGUGAACUUGAAGCGAAGCAGAUGCGCAAGCGAAACGUAUGUAUUUUGUCAGGAAAAUUACCCCAAGUAGAGCUCUGCGUCUUCCUAGGUGCGGACGGAGACUUAGGACUCCGGAGGCUGCUGAUUGCGUUUCUCUUUUACACUGAGAAGCCUCCGAGGGUCCCCUGCCUAGGGGACCCUCGCCAGUUGUCUGUUUUCUAGAGCAUCUGUGCCCUCGGAUGAUGCUGGCUCGCCUGUGGGAGGCAGGGGCGGGGAGGAGACCUCUGUCCCUUCUCUGAGCAGUGGGAAGGCUGGAUGGAAGACUUCCAGCCCCCACAGCCCUGCCCUGGCAUCCAGCUGCUGCUCGCCUCCGCCGGUCCCCAGCUGCUCCCAAGAUGGACAGACUCGAACUCCGCUGUACUUUUCGAACACUGGAUGCCAUCAUCCCUCUUGUCGCUGGAACAGCGUGCUUCAGCUUAUGGAGGCGCUUGGGUUGUCCCGGGUUGGGACGCCCUGGUUGGGAUCAGGAGAUGAGGGUCCUGUCUUUUCUCCUCCGAAUCGCCUAGGUUAUCGGGUGCAGGAAGUGAGGGCGGGUGGGGAGUGAAAGAGAGGAGGGGGCAGGCUGGCUGGCCCUGCCCUGCCUGCAGCAGCCCCUGCCUGAUAGUUGCCAGUUCUGGACAGAGGGCAAGGGGGGCAUAACUUCAGGUGUGCCCCUCACCCCCCACAUACACUUAGCUGGGGCCUCAGAAGCCCCUUAGAGAAGGUGCCCAGUGGGUCACUAGAGCCCUGGCUUCUAUGAGGGUGUGCAGCUGUGUUGGUCUGUGAGUGGGUGUGUUGGUCUCCCAAGUACCCUCGCUCAAGGAAGCUUGGCGGGCAGCUGGGCUGGCGGGCUGAGCCAGGCAGCCUCCUCUUCCCCAGGAGAAGGCCCCUGGCCCCUACCUACGGUGCAUCCUCCGGUCCCCAGCAGGACCGUUUCCGCAGCUGCUCUGGAAGAAUGCCUCACUUGGGAUGAGAGGAUACCUCUUUUCGGCGGAUGUGGGAGCCCUGUGGGGUGCUGUCCUGUGGCCUGCAGCAUGUCUGGCUGGAAGUAAAGAGAGCCUGGAAUAGGCAGAAGGCCAGACUCCUGUCCCCCCGCCCCGUCCUGUCCGCCUAACCAGGCAGAAGUGGAGAUUCUGGGCCACCGCUUGGUCGGCUGCUGAAGCCUGAGGCUGGGCUGGUUAGGGCUGAACGCUGCGGGGUGAGCUGCUGAGCUAGUUCCCCGGAGUCCGGCCAUUGUGGCACAGGGCCUCCGGGUGGGUUGUCUGUGUCUGAGCCGGGCCUCUCGAGAAGGGCUGUUUCUCUCCUUAGACACUCCUGGCUUGUGCUCCCUUCCGGCUGGGACCCUGCUCAGCCUUGGUGAGACCAGCUCCCCUGACUUUCCUGGGGAGCUACACCGAGGUCAGGGCCAAGGACUGUGGGGCAGCUCAGAGUGUAGAUCUUCAGAGUCUUUACCCCUAAGGUGCGAGGGAUGACCAUCUCCACCAGUGGGGCAGAACUGGGCUGGAGGCGGGCCCCGCUCGUCGGGGGAGUGAGUGGUGGACGUGGCCUUCAACUGCUGCCUCCCUGGGCUUGUGGUCUUAUUUUCACGCUACUUCUUGUCUCUCCUCAUCGUGGCUUAAUCAUCACCAUGUUGACAUACUGCCUGCAGAAUUAUCGGAAGGGGGCCACUUUUGGAGCACGUGGUUAGGAAGGAGCUCUGCCCCCCAGUGCGGGUGGGAGAAGUGGAUGGAAGAAUGGGCUGGAUGAAUUUUGUAAGCUAUAAAAUACAGUGCACCUGUUGGGAGCUGUUAAGGCCUCUCCCCUCCAUGUUGCUUCUUUUCUCUUGCUGCUGGAAACCCUUGGGGAUGUGAGCCCCAUCCCAGAGGACAGCUGUCUUGGCAUGAGGGGGCCACGAGGGUUCUGAGGACAGGAAUGCCCUAGGUGUCUUGGGCCCCUUCCCAUAGCAUGAGUCCCCCAUCCCAGUGACUGCAGGCACGGUGGGCACAGAACCAGAGAAGGGCAAGGCUGACUUCGGUUGGGGACUCCACUCACUUGCCCACAUUUAUCCAAAUCGCCCAGUGGAGUAUGGACAGCCCUCAAGGGCUCACCACAGAGUGGGAGCAGCAUAUGAACAUAGGAACGAAACAGGGUUUUAUAAAGGAGGUGGCCCACAGAUGGCCUGGAAGAGGUGGUGGUUGUCUGUCUCAACGGUGGGGUGGGCUCCAGGUCAACCAACAGAAAAGGGAGAACACCAGCCCCCACGGUGGUGUCCUGCCCGUCUUUGCAGCCCUGGUCCCCAGCGUGGUGCCCAGAAGAAUCUCCAUCCCUGGUGUGGGGGAGAUGACGGCCGUGUGAUGCGGUAGAUGAUGCCACAAACUUGGAAUCUCCAAACUUGAGUCCAGUCAAGCAAUAGCUGUUUGUCGUUGGCCAAGUUCAUUGGCUCUCUGUCUCUCUCUCUCAGAUUCUGCGUUUAUGUAAUGGGGAUGAUAAUGCUUUUCACUUCACGAGUUUAUGGGAAGAUCACUCAUUUGUUUGUUGAUCUGUUCAUUCAUUCAACACACUUGAUAGUGCUGAAAGCACCUUGAGAUCUCUAAUGUGGUGUAUAAAAAUUUAUUCUUAUUUAGGUGACCCUCAGCAGUGGGUUUGAUGGAGAAUUCCUCCCACCUCCUUUGCACAGAAUGGAGUUUUGACCUUACUGUUAUGUUUUAUACCUUUUUAGCAACAGUUCUUAUUCUGGACCUUUUCACUUAAGUUCUGGAGUUCAGAAGAUCGAAAGAUUUGCCUCUUCAAAGUCAGGAGCCCCACCUCAUUUCUAUUUCCCAGACCUUGUCCCACCCCAGGGCUCAGCAGGUUUACAUUUACUCGGUCCUGUGCUGUCUUUCUGAGCCUCAGAGACCCAGAGGCGUGGGACCCCUGAGCACUGGAGGGUGGCCGGUGGGCACAGAUUUCCGGGGCGCCUGUCCUGAGCCCCCCUCCCCCAGAGGUGGGCAGAGGCAGACGGCCUGUGCCUGCAGGGGGCUCCCAGGCUGGAAGCAGAACUAGGCAGAGCAGCAGGGAGGCCCAACUCCAGGUGGGACACGUCACCCAACUCAGGGCCCAGAGUGCCCAGCCCCGCCACUGAGUGCCGGGGAGCAGCCCUGCUCCAGGGAUCAGGCAGGCUUCAUGGAAGAGGUGGCAUUGGAGCUGAGAUUUGAUGGCCACAAAACAUAACAGAGCCACACACGUAUCCCUGGUGAAUGGAAGAGCAUGUGUGAGGGGAUAUGAAGCAUCUCGUGCUGGCCAGGGGACACUGUGGCUGGGACGUAGCAUUCUGGAAGGAAUAGUGAAAGGAAGGGGCUGGGAGACUGAACCAAGAAGGGCCACUGAGUGCCAGGCUGAGGAGCUUGAACUUGGCCGUCUGAGUCCUGGGGAGCCAUUGCAGGUUGUAGCGUCAUUAGUUCUUUGUGUUAGAAAGAUCACUUUCUUUGGCCGCUGGGAGGCAACAGCCUCUUGGAGAGUGGGAGGGUCCAGCUGACAAGGCACGCAGCCUGAGCAGGGCAGAGGCGGAGGUUGCAGGGGUGGGAAAGACCAGGGAGGGCUAAUUCAGAGCCCUGAGCCCAGCGAGGGACUCCCUGGUGUGACUUUGCUGAGGUCCCAAGCCUGAGACCCCCUGCUGCCACUCGUGGAGGCUGGGCUCUGAGCUGCCGGGGCCACGUGUGCCCAUCUGCCUGCCUGCAGAGCAACUUGCUGGGCCUGGUGCCUUUGUCUGUAAGGCUCUCACCCUGCUCAGAGCUCCCGGCUCUGAAUCCCAAGAGGGUCGCAGCCCUCGCUGCAGUGGCCACAGUGGCCGAGAUGACCUGGGGGCAUCUGGAGUUCUCCCCUCACCUGCCACUGCCUGUCCUCUCUGGCCAGGGGGUGUUGGGCGGCAGAGUCACGUGGCUGAACCCAGUGGCCACUGGUCAGGCCCAGGGCCUGCCACUUCUCCUCUCCUCUCCCCGUGGCCACUACCGCUCACCUGCUCAGUCCCUGGACCCCCAGCCUAACUGAGAGGCAGGUGCCAUCUGCCCUCCACUCCCCACUCCAGCUCAGCACCUGCUGACCCUGGGGCCCAGAUGGCAACAAAGUGACAGAAGAGAGCUCGGGUUUUCUGAGUCCUCGCCUGCGCUAGGCUCCUGCUCCCUCCUUGCGACCCCCAGAAACCCCUUUGUCCUAUUAUUCUCCUCUGUUCCUCUAAGGGAACUCAGGGUCUCCAUUCCCCAGGCCCUCCGUUCUCCGGGGUGAUGUUCGGGCCGCUAGAAGCCACUGGGCAGGGCAGUGGGUGUCCAGCUUUGUCCAGACUGAGGCUCCUUGCUCAGCCCUGGUGCCCCCUCCUGACAGGGCCGACCCUCAGGCAGGGGCAGAGCCCCCAUCCUCCCUGAAGCACUUUGCGUGGUUUCAAGAUGGGAGGUGCCACCUGGGAUGCCUGGCUUGGGGAAAAGAAUGCAGACUUUCAGAGGAUGGUGGACCUCGGAGGCGGGCACGCUCACCCACAUGGCCGUGUCUGGGAGGUUUGGCUCCGGACGCCAUGGGCAGCACCUCUCCGGAGCUUCAGCCUGGCAUGUUUUCAGAAAGGUGCUGACGGAGGCACACUAAACUCCUUUCGGGAAUAAAUCUCGCCUUGUGUGAAGCCGGAGCUGGAGUGGAGAGAGAGGCAGGGAGCUUGGUGGGCACGGGGUGGGCUCCGGGAGCAGGUGGCCUGGGUCUGAAUGCUGGCCCUGGGUUGUGUGGCCUUGGCAGUGCGCUCCACCCUGCUGGGCUUCGGAGACCUCAGCUCCCGAAUGAGGGUCAUCAGGGCAUGUGCGUUAGUGGGACUCGUUGGGUAAAUGAGAGGGUGCAGGUGAGGUGUGCAGCCCAGCCUAGCCUGUUUGUUCACGCUGCAGGUGCUUCAUACAUGGUGGCAUUGAAAAUAAAGCACUUGCUAACAGCCAUCUUAGCACAGGGUCAGCUUCAAGCAAGAAUGGGAUAUGAGGCCCACCCCAGGGAGUGGGGGCUAAGGGGGAGGUGAAGGGGUCCCUUGAGACUGAUGUCACUCCUGCUGCAGGCUCCUCCUCCAGCGCCUCCUGGUUUCCCCUUUUGUGUUCGUAACUAGUGCACACCACGGUUUGUAGGUGACAAGGGUUCUACGCCCCGAGUCCAUCCUGCAGCAGUGCUGACUCAGCCCCAUUACCAGACAAGAAGCUGCCGCUCUGCCCCGUGCAGUGACUUGCCCACGGUGGCUUUGCUCUGACGGAGGGCCUUCUGGCUUCGGGGUGCAGCAGGCACAGCUGAUGGGCUCCCAGGCCCGGUGCAGACAGUCAGUGGUCAGUCUCCACCUAGGUGUUGGCCGGUUCUGCUGUCCGACUGACCUCGUGGCUUGGCUAGGAGGAGAUGCUCUAUGUCGCCACUCCCCUAGGCCUCUUUCAGGUUCAGUCACUCAACAAACGUUUACCGUCACUGCUUUGCUAGCUGUGUGCUGGCAUCUGGGGACGGGACGGCCAGUCGGGUGUGAUUUGUGCGCUGGCGGGGCUGCCAGCUGUGAGAGGAGGUGGGCAUGGCAGAGAGUAGGGGACAAUUGGCAAAUACAGUGUUGGGGGUAAGUGUGGCCGAAGUCCAGGGUAGGGGGACCCGCUCCUCAUGCUCUGCGCAUGCUGGCUCCCACCUAGCCCCCAGCGGGUGUUCUGGGCUGGGAAUCAGCUUUGGGAUUUUAAAAGUUUGGAGCGGCAGCAUGCUUUAUGGGAUGGCUGCAAGCGGCCGUCCCUGCCUCGGUGCCCAGCACCCACUCCCCAGACCACGGGAGGGCCCUCUGGAAAGGGGGACCUCCAGGGAGGACUUUGGGGACCCUUGAGGAGCCCGGAUAUGAUCAGUGGAAUCCUAAUUGUAGCCCUGACUACACCCCACCCCACCCCACCUGUACGGGUAGCAUGCUCCAUCCUGUAUACAGAACGUAGCAGGUGGAAUUCACAGCGCUUCUUGCCUUCGGAUUUCUGAACCAUUGAUCCAUUGCUCAGCCCUCCACCCUGUCUCCUCAGGGGCUUUCCUUCCACAGCAGGAGUCCCUCCCUCUCCCCUUUUAUUUUAGUUUUAUAGGGUUUUUCACUGACAGAAUCCCAAUCUUGUAACCAGCAGGCUUGGUGAGCAGGCCUCUUCAUGGAGUUACCGCGUAGAGAGGUUUCGGCACCCUUGUUAGGGGCCGUGUGUCAGAAAGCCCUCCACUGGCUUGUGAGACUGGGCCUUUGUGCUCGGGCAUCGCCCCGUCUCUUCCACGUCCUGGGCUGAGCUCCACAGCUCUGGCUACGCGGAGCUCGAGACCUCAUUGCCCUCAGCCCCACGGGAGCAGGUUUCUGAUGUCAGGAUUCGCCUAUCAAUUUAUCCUCUCAUUCAUUUUUAAAAAAUGUAUUUGGAAACAAAGAUCGCUGAGCAUCUAUACUGCCAGGCCUUAUGCCAGGGGCCAGAGUCACACGAAUGAGAGGGUGUGGCCUCCAGCUUUGAGUUGGUCACAGUCCUGCAAAGAUGAUUGACAAGUAGAUGGGCAAUUAAAAUCGUCCCAGGAGGGUAGUGCUGGGAUGGGGGUCGGCACGGGCUGUGGGAAGACAGAGGAAUCCAUGCCAGUGGGUGGGUGGUGGUCGGGGAAAGCUUCUCGGAGGAAGUGACACUUGGGCUGAGGCUUAGAGGGUAGCCAGGGAUUCACCAGGCAAAGAGGAAGGAAAAGGCAUAAAAGGCACCAAGGCGGAUGGCGGCUCUGGUCCACCUUGCGAUGUGUGCGUGUGUGCUUGCACACUCGCCUGAUGGGGAAGCCAAAGGAAAGGGCCUGGCAAGAGAGGAGGCUGGACGGCCCAGAUCCCGAAGGGGACCUUGUCUGUCCUGCUAAGGCGCUUGGAGUUUAUCCCCAAAGCCACGGGGAGCUAUUGAAAGGGGCUUUAAGCAGGGGCGCGCCGCGAUCAGAUUUGCGCCUUAGGCGGAUCUGGCGGGCAGCCUGUGGAGGAUGGAUUGAAGGGGCCAAAGCUGGAGGCGGGGAGAUGGGUCAGGAUUUCUUGGGAUUUUCUCUGUGGUUUUACAAAUCUGACGAGGCUGGCGGGGGUGGGCCUGGCACGCACCGGCUUAGAGAAUCAAAGCUCCGGAGACCCGUCGGAAAUGGCUUCCCGACUCCGACUUUAAUUCCUCCUCCAGCUGCUGAUUGCCGAGCCCGCCCCCACCCCCCACAGCCUAAAGCACCCGCAGACCCUAUUCCAGACCCCCACCCUCCCUGGGGGCCUCGGAGCCUGGGGCUCUCGGGGCUUCAUCAGAAAGGGUCCUGCUGGUCUGGGCCCCUCUGGAUCCUCUGAAUGCCAGGCCGCAAGAGCCCAAACAUUGUCUUUGCUCUCACGCCUGGCCGGCUGCCCCCAGCGCACAGAGUGGCCAUUGAGGGCUGCGCAGCCUGGCGGGGGUCCCAGGCCGUGUUAGUUACGGGCAGCGGCUUAGUCACGCUCCUAGGAGCCUUUCUUCCCGGGACAAGCCUGUCCUUGUGCUAAGGGCCAUCGUCAUGCAGCAGCCCAGCUCCUAGCAGCUGCAGGACCCUCUGCCGACCCCUAACUGUGCCCUUCGGAGGCACCGCCCUCGGACCCCAAACCCCGCAGGGGGCUGCAUCCUGGGGAGUGGAGGGGCAGCCCUGGACGGCCCCUCUGAGAGCCCUCCGGAAUCCUCCACACCAGCCACCGCAUCUCCCUUUGCAGAUUUCUGAGCCAGGAGAGGAGGGUCGGGAGAGCUGAGGGAUGGCAAAGCUCGUGACCCUUGGGCAGAAGCUGCUGCCGCUGCAGGGCCCAGUGGCCGGAGCUGAGUGACGGUGCCGUCCGAGCGUCUGCCGCAAGCAGAGCAGGAGCAGCAGAAACCCCAGAGGCCACAGCGGGUGUCCGGAGGCAGGCAUGACGCCCCCGCAGACCCCCAACCCCCUGCCGCCCGGGCGCUAGGAGCCAUCCCUGGGCUCCAGCCAGGAGCCCUGCCGCCCAGGGGCAUGGCCAAACCUUUCUUCCGACUCCAGAAGUUUCUCCGCCGGACGCAGUUCCUGCUGUUCUUCCUCACGGCCGCCUACCUCAUGACGGGCAGCCUGCUGCUGCUGCAGCGGGCCCGCGUGGCCCUCCCGCAGGGCCCCCGGGCGCCCGGCCCCCUGCAGGCCUUGCCCGUGGCCGCCGUGGCGCUGGGCGUGGGCCUGCUGGACAGCAGGGCCCUGCACGGCCCCCGGGUCAGGCCGGAGCUGCUCCUCGGAGUGGACGUGCUGGGGAGCCCCCCUGCCCGGCCCCGGUCCCGGCCCGGCGCCCGCUGGCUCCGCGGCCGCAGCUCGGAGCUGCGCCAGCUGCGCCGUCACUGGUUCCACCACCUCAUGGGGGACCCCCAGGGGCCGCCCGCCCUGGGCCCCGAGGCCGCCAGGCCGGCCGUCAGCAGCCGAGGCACCUAUGUUGGAUGCUUCAGUGACGAUGGCCAAGAGAGGACCCUGAAGGGGGCCGUGUUUUAUGACCUGAGAAAAAUGACCAUCCCCCACUGCCAGGAUGCAUGUGCCGAGCGCUCCUACGUCUACGCUGGCUUGGAGGCCGGAGCGGAAUGCUACUGCGGGAACCGGCUCCCAGCGAUGAGCGUCGGGCCGGAGGAGUGUAACCACGAGUGCAAGGGGGAGAAGGGCUCCGCUUGCGGGGGUGCUGGGCGGCUCUCUGUGUAUCGCGUGGAGGAGUUGCAGCCGGCCUCCAGGAAGUGGAGGACCGUCACGUACCGAGGGUGCUUCAAGCUGCCAGAGAACGUCACGCACGCCUUCCCCGACUCGCUGACACAGGCCAACGUGACCGUGGAGACGUGCUCGGGAUUUUGUUCCCAGAAAGAGUUCCCCUUGGCCGUCCUCAGGGGCUGGCAGUGCUACUGUGCUUACCCCACGCCCCAGUUCAGCCUGCGGGAUGCCGUGGACGGCUCGCUGUGUGGCCAGGAGCCCGAGGCACAGAGUCUGGCAGAGUACUGUGAGGUCUACCAGACACCUGUGCAAGACACCCGGUGCACAGACAGAAGGUUCCUGCCCACCAAGUCCAAAGUGUUCGUGGCUCUGUCGAGCUUCCCGGGAGCCGGGAACACGUGGGCGCGGCACCUCAUCGAGCACGCCACCGGCUUCUACACAGGCAGCUACUACUUUGACGGGACUCUCUACAACAAAGGGUUCAAGGGCGAGAAGGACCACUGGCGGAGCCGGCGCACCAUCUGUGUGAAGACCCACGAGAGUGGUAGGAGGGAGAUCGAGAUGUUCGACUCGGCCAUCCUGCUGAUCCGGAACCCGUACAGGUCCCUGGUGGCCGAAUUCAACAGGAAAUGCGCCGGGCACCUGGGCUACGCGGCUGAUCGCAACUGGAAGAGCAAAGAGUGGCCAGACUUCGUCAACAGCUACGCGUCGUGGUGGUCCUCGCACGUCCUGGACUGGCUCAGGUACGGCAAGCGGCUGCUGGUCGUGCACUACGAGGAGCUGCGGCACAGCCUGGUGCCCACGCUGCGCAAGAUGGUGGGCUUCCUCAAUGUGUCCGUGAGCGAGGAGCGGCUGCUCUGCGUGGAGAACAACAAGGAGGGCAGCUUCCGGCGGCACGGCCGGCGCCCUCAUGACCCCGAGCCCUUCACCCCGGAGAUGAAGGACUUGAUCAAUGGCUACAUCCGGACAGUGGACAAGGCCCUGCGUGACCACAACUGGGCUGGGCUGCCCAGGGAGUACGUGCCCAGAUGAUAGGCCCCGGCCGCUCUGCCCGCCCCGCUGAGAGCCGGCCACCCCCACGGGCUGCGCACGCGCUCGCUGGGACACACGGCUGCUUGUGCCACCCGCAGGGAGGCCUGCCCGGGUUCUGCGUCCCUCAUGCGCAGGGAGACCCGGACACAAGCCUUUAGGCCACCCAGGCAGACACGAUGUUGUGGGACAGACACCCACAAGCUCUCACAGACACGCUUAGACCGCCACUCCAUGCUCACAGUGCCUGUUUUGAUGCGCCCAAGCUGCCACGCAGGGUGCACCAGCCAAUCCCAGACUUGGAGACACAGGCACGCAGAUGCCAGGUUCUGCAUUGCCGGAGGCUGUCUGUCUGUUUCACACACAUACGCACACAUGUGCACCUCGGGCUCCUGUUUCCUGGAGUUUCCUGUUUCCAGCCCCAGGCUCGGACUCACCUGUCAGGGGCCUUGGUGCAGGAUGCCGGGCAGGGGGCCACUUGUGCUGUGAGCCGCAGACCUCAGCAGGGCAGUGGGCGCAGACUGUGGCUGCUGGGCCGUGCAGCUCUGACCGCCUGCCUGCUGUCCCAUAAAUAGGGGCCGUGUGAUGACCAGGCACCACAGCUCUGCGGCUCCACCUCCCCCUUCUCUGCGGGUGGGCUGAGCGGAGCCCCCAAUACACUCACCGACCUCAGGACCCCCUGCAAGUUCUGUGCACCCCCCGCCGCCCCUUCCAACAUGAAUCCUCCUUGGAGUGGGGCCUCCUUGCCUGGCUUUUUCCUCUAUGGUCCCCAGAAAAGCUGGAAAUUUGCGCCAUGCCCCAGAAGCAGGGUGUGAGGGCAAGAGGACAGUGGGACAGGGAAGGGCUGGGCCUCCAGGGGAGCCCUGGACCUGAUGCCAGCAGGAGGGACCUUGGGUGGGCCUGGGGAGACCCAGGAGGGAUGGGUCUUGGGGACCAUUGGGGAUGGUUGCCCCACCAUUUUGACAGUCCCCUGCUCUUUGUGGGUUGCCCCCUGGGGUCAUGAGGAAGGGGCUCUGCAUGGCCCAUCCACAUGCCUCCCCCCCACCGCCGGGGCGAGGCUGUGGCUGCAGCUUCUGCCUGACCUCCCUGGUGGCCGGUGGCUGAGCUCUCUCUGACCCUCUGUUAUUCACCCUGCCGCUUCCUGUCCUGGGCCUCUUUGCCACACUCUCUGUCUGUUUCUGUGAGGCUGACAUCUUCCCCACUUGUUCAUCCAUUUCCUCAACAAAAAUGGAAGGGCGCUCACAGAUGCUGAUGCCAGCAGUGUGCUGGCCUUGGCCUUGGCCUUGGGGAGAAGAUGGAUAGGAAGGCCCCCUCCCCCACCCCCAGCUCACAGUUUGGGAGGGGAAGGAGGGGUUGUCACAAAUGGGAGUGAGAAACGCAGUAGCAGAGGAGCGUGUGUGCUGUGGCUGCUCCCGGCGGGUCAGCCCCUAUGCCUGCGGUCUUCAGGGAACGCAUCACGGUGGCUUUGAACUGGUUUUGAGGCAUCUGUAGGAAUUAUCCCAGCAGAGCAGAGGGGAAGGGUAAUUGAGGCAGAGAGAACAGCAUGUGCAAAGGCUCAGAGGCUUGGAAAACGCUGGUGUGCUUUGCAAAACAGGUGAAUGGGGUGUGGGACGUGUGUGUCUCUCUGAGUCUAUGCAGUGGUGGGGGGGGGAGUGGGUGAAUGAGGUCAGAGGUGGGGACACAAAAAGGGACUGUCCUUAGAGCCACUCAGUGCUCAGCUGAGAGGGGCAGCGGUGCUGAUGUUAAUUACCCUCUCUGGUCACCCUUCAUUACACAUCUUGGGCUCUGGAAGGAGGCAGUGGAGACCAGGGGGCAUAGGUCUGGAGGUGGAGGUGGACCCAGGAGUACAGCCCAGGGCGGUCAAGACACAGGGAGGGCCAUGGAGAGCUCGGGUGCACCCUGACCCCUGUGAAGGGGAGGGAGGUGGGCCAGCCUGAACUUGGACAGCUCUGAGCCCUCUGCAGCCUCUCCAAGCCUAGGGUAACCUGGUUGGGCCCCCUGGUCUGACCUCCCCUCAGCCUGAGCCAAGCUGCAUUGGGAGGAGAAGCCAGGGCGAGGAGUUUGGGAAAAGCGGGCAUGGAAGGGCCCUGACCUCUGUUCCCUGGCCGGUGAUGGGGAGGGCAGACAGGGCUGGAGGGCCUGGUGGAGCCGCCCUUCCUCAGAGGGAACCCUCCCCAGCCUUCGGCUUUGCCAAUGAGAGUACUUGAGCUGUGUGCUCCUGGUGGCCUCCAGGUCCUUCCUGAGGUUCCCCCACACCCACUGCUGCUGAGGCUGUUUAGACCCAUCCACAGCAUCACUCGGCUCAGCCCAAAGCUGGAAACACCAGGGUCUUUGUAAACGUUUGUUGGCUCAGCGUGGCUCCGAGGUCAAGUCUGUGAAGGCUUCUGAUGGGGCUGUUUCUCCCAAGUUGUGGGAGCAGUUGAGACCCUCCAGGAGUUCCACACUGGCAUGGAAGGGGUCCCAGCUGGUACCUGCCUCCCAGAGCAAACCUAGUCUCAAAGGAGGCGGCAGACCAACUGGUGGAGCACAGGGACGCUGGCCGCCUCCUGAGACUCGCUCCUGGGCUGGCCUCACUCUCCCUGGCCACCUAGACAUCUUCAGGGAGAAGACUCAGAAGCUGUGGAGGCUGUGAAGGACAGAGGUGUGGCCAGGGGACCCACUGGGAGGGACCACAGCUGGGGUUUGCUGGGGUUUGGCCUCCAGGGCCCCCCACCCAGGAGUCAGGAAAGCAACAGCGCCAGCUGGUUCCUCCUGGUGCUUGGGUGGGUCCAUUCCCUGCUGCCAGGUAUGAGAGACCUCCUCUCCUUCCAGGUGGAGUGCCAUCUGCCCCGAUGGCCUUGGAGUUUCCUGUGCACUGUAGCCGGGCAUGCAGAUGAGCAGAAUGAUGGGGUCAGGGUGCAUCCCGGCCAUGCUGAGUCAGUCCACACAGCAAGGCACCUGACACUAGGCAGGUGCUCCUGGCUGUUGGCUGAGCAAGGAGAUGCAAGGCCCUGCCCGCUGCUGCUGGUUCUCAGCAGCCGUCCUCAGGCAUGCCUCUGGGAGAGCAACUCGGAAGCGCAGGAAGGGGAUCUGUCUGUCCUUUUGGGAAAGUCCGUUUGUCUCUUUCCAAGUUAGGUCUCAUCGAUAGCUCUCAGCUUCUCAGUAGAGAGGCUGCUGUCCAACCAGCCAAGGAGUAAACAUGGAUCCGUAUUUAGGGGAGAAGUGUGGCAAAUGCUUUAGGAACCAAUCAGAAGAGAACAGUGAAACCCUGCCUGCAGAUUCCAACGUUAAUAGCAAGGCUGUGGAGUUCCACAAACCUGUGUUAAAACAUGUAAUUUUCAUGGAUUUCAUCUCCCGUUGUAGAUCAAUUUGGAAAAACCAAAAUAUAUAAUUUUAAAAAACUGUAAAACACAUUCUGAUAAUCCCAGUGAUGUGUAAAUGAGAGAGAAGAAUAGACAGGCUUCCAGACCCUGGGAAGAAAGCUGCUUAAUUAUGUGAGCAUCUUAUACUGAAGUCUCUUGCCGCUAAAAUUAGAUUGUGAGUGCAUGAAUAUGCGAUAAUGUUUGCACACCAGAAUGCAUUUUUUUUUUUCCGUAAAAGUAGCGGGAGCUACUUGGUUCUUAGGGGGCCCCAAGAGAGAAGGUGGAAGUACUGGGGUUGAUCUUUGUGGCUGCAAGAACUCUUGGGCAUAGGCUCAUUUUAUUCGACUGGAAACUCGUUGGAGGUGGUUGAAAUGGAAUGCCUCCGAGGUGGUUCGUUCAGGUUUAGGGAGAAAUUGAUCGGUCUGAACCCACAUUGAUCACCACUCAGUUUGGGCGAAUUGGCCUGAACAAGGUUGAAGUAGAAGAGAGAGUGGAUAUGAUAUAGGGUCUGCAGAUGGAAGGGCUGGAUUGUGGUCCCAGCUCUGCUCUGCUGUGGUCUUGGACAAGGCCUUUCCCUCUCUGGUCUCCAUUUCCCAUCUAUAGAUAAGGGAUGUGAUGGAUGUUGUUGGUUGCAUUCCCAAUGUUCAUCCCCCACUUCCUUUCCCGCAGCUCCUGAUUUCUGUUUGGGGAUUUUAUGAUCUGGCUGAACUGACUCAGUCGUCACUUCAAGGGGUAAAGCAUGACCUGGGCUAAGCCAACAGCACAUUCCAUCUCUCUGGCUACAGUGAUUGGUUCAGACAUGGUGGCUUCAGACAUGGUCAUGUGAGCCAAGGCAGUGCAGCCAGAGGGAAUUUCAAGACUUUUUCCGGGAAUGUUGGGUAGGGACUCUUUUUAUCCCCCCUGCUGGAUGUGAAAGCGGAGGUGGGUAAUCCUAGGUCUUGAUGGGGGCUGCCUUGGGACCAUGGAGGGGAACCACUCUCAGCAUGAAGCUACACUGCUGAAGGAAGAGUCAAGAGGCAGAAAGAAGCCAGGUCCUUGAAGACGUUGUUAAGUACAGGAUCAAGCUUUGCCUGCGACUGGCCCUACCUCUGGAUGGUUUUGUUACAUGAGCCAAUAAAUUCCCUUUAUUGUUUAAGUUGGGCUGAAUUGGGUUUUUGUUACUUACAGCCCAGAGCCGUGUCCAAAGGGCUUGGAUUGAAAGGCCCUGGAGCUCCGACAUCCUCUGUCUCUGUGGCUGAUGUAGGCAAAGACUGAGACUCAGACCAGUAUGAGCUGGUAGGAUUGGGAAGCUGUUUUCUAAAAGGAAUGAGGCUGGGUAUGAAAUGCUUGAUAGGAAGCUGUGCUCAGUCAGCCAGAACAAGCAGCAUUUGUAAGUCAGUACACAAUGAGGUCACCUAUAUAUCCUUAGAAAAUCGUUCCUCUGAUUGCCCAGCUCAAGCCAUCAGUUGUCUCAUUUAACCCUUAACCAUCACUUUGUUAUUAUCUCCACUUGACAGAUGGGGAGACUGGGAUACCAGCCUGUAAUGACUGGAAAAGUGUGGCCCAGCUGUAUUUGCCAUAACUCCUUUCAUGACAGAUGUGAUGUGGUGUUGGAAGGAAUUCUGUGAUAAGCUAUUUGGAUUAGGGGGGAGACCCCCCCCCAAGGGACAUGUUUCAGUAACAACUGAUGGGCAGUAAACUGCCUUGAAGAAGGGUGGGUAUGGUUAACCAUACAGCUUUGGUUUUGCUGAGUGAGACAUGCAAGCUUGGGGCAGAGCACAAUUGCUGCCAUUGGAGGGGAGGUGGGAUAAUGCCACUGAGAGUUCCCUUCUUCUGUCCUUUCCUCUUGAACCCUACUGUGUGCUGGAAAUAUGAGGGACAAAGGGAGUUGUUUGUGGCCCCUAUCUUCAGACUCCCCUUGGAGUGUCUGACUCUAAUACAUAUGCCAGGAUGGAGAUCUAGACGGUAUGUAGAGAAAGCCAAGGGUCCCAGGAAAUCAUGAGUGCUCCCUUUUGUCCCCAGUGCUCCCUUUUGUAACUGAAGAUAGAUUUGGGCCCCUCCUGAGAACUUCUACCAUGAAAAACCAUUGCAGAAAUCUGGGUCCCUGCCAAGAGAAAUAUGAGCAGAUCCACCCUAAAUGACAAGCAUAAUUGUUUAUAUAAAAUGAGGAAUCUUGAUAUCAAACAAAAAUAGAAACAAUUCCAGCUGAUGCUGUGAGUGUAAGAAUGAGUGGACUGAAUUAACUUUCCAAGGUGACUUCAGUACCUAAGACAUUUUUUCCAGGUUCAGACAUCAGCAGUGACAGAUCUGUGGCUUGAUGGUGUGGCCAAUGAUGCUCGAUGACAGAAAACAGUGUUCUUACAGUCACGAAGUUCCACAGACGUCAUCCCACAUGUGCCUCAGUGACGGAGACAGUCUUAUUUCCAUUUGGGCGGAAGAGAAAUUUAGUUUCUGAGAUUGAGCUGCCCAAAGUUGAAACCCUUUAUUUUACAGAUGAGAAAAAUGAGGCUCAGAACGGGGAAGGGUUUCCUACAAGGUGGUGCUCUGAGAAUGAGUGUGGAGCCAGGGCUGGAAUGUGGGCUCUUUCCAUGAAAGCACCUGAUUGCCCCCGUACUGCAUCCCUAUGGCUCUUCCAGAAGUGGCUGUAGGUGAGGCGGGUAUGCACAUUCAGCUCCUAUGAAAGCGACCCCAUUAAUUUCACCGCUAAUUCUUUGCCAAAAUAAUUUUUGGUGAGUACCUGAGUUCAAUUUUAAGGGCCAUUUAUCGAGUAUUACCAGAACUUGAAAACCUGCUCAGGCCUUUGCAAAGCAGUGAGGUUGGAGAGAGGGACCACAACUUGCAUAAGAUAGGAGCCCAGAGUUUUCAUCUUAAGUCACAAACAUCCCAAGCAGCAGAAAGGCCCUGCUCCUCCAAGACAUUAAUAGAUAAGCAUCUUUGGUGCCAGAGUCCAGCAGUGUGUAUGUUUAUGAGUAUGCAUGUGUGCAGGUGUGAGCUCCAGCUGCUGACAGACAACUGCCCCUUUGAAUCACAUGCCAGCCUUCCUGACCACUACAAGUGACCAGAGCCUGGCCACCUGGAAUUAGGCAUCAACCUACUUGGAUAACUGUCUUCCCCCACAGUCAGAGCUACCGCAUCCAGAUGACACAGUAUCCACUCCCGCUUUGGAAGGCGGGGCACACACUUAGUACGCUUCUGGGAGGAAGCCUGGGAGAGCAGAGCAAUGGUACUAGGCAUAGACACUUCCCUCCGGACCCAGCCUUCAGCCACCUAAAUUGUACCACGGGACUUGCCAAAGGUUGAGAUUACACCUCACCAGAUUCACCUGGAUUAGUUUUCUAUCGCUGCAUAACAAAUUACCACAACCUGAGCAGCUUAAACCAACACACAAAUGUCAUUCCGCAGCUUGUGUAGGUCAGGAGUCUGGGCGUGGCUCAGCUGGGUCCUCCGCUUCAAGAUCUCACUGGGUGGCCAUCAAGCUGUUAGCCAGACCGUAUUCUCAUCUGGAGGUUCAACCGGGAAAGUGUCCACAUCCAGGCUCACUCAGAUUUUUGGCAGAAUUGAGUUGCUUGUGGUUAUAGGGCUGAGGGCCUCAGUCUCUCUGACCCACCCGUAAUUCUUGACUUGUGGGCCUCUCAUAGGAAGUUCCCAACAUGGCUGUUGGCUUCUUCAAGGUUGGCUGGAGAGUGAGACAGAGUGUUACACACAUUACAUAAUCACAGAAUGCCAUCCCUUCUCCUUUGCCAUUUUCUACUGGAUAGAAGCAAGUCAUGGGCUCCACCCACUCUCAAGGGUAGGGCAUGAAAGGCAGGAGGUGGGCAUCAUUGGGGACCACCUUUGGGCCUGUCCAUCACAACAUCAAUAUGGAAAAACAUCCAUCCAGAAAUCAGUACAUUCUUGAUGGUCUCUAGAGCAGUGCUGACCCCUGGAUUGCAUUAAAUGCAGUGGAUGUUUUGAAGAGUCAUCCAGGAGAACCAGGUUGUAUCCAUCUCAUAAUGAGUUCAGGGCUGAUGUCCCCAGUCCACUGCACUGACAUUAACAGAAUCAUUAGGAACAUCCCCAAUUCAUAUUGUCCAUCUCUAUACUCUUUUUUUAAUUUGUCUUGCUCAGUACAUAGUGGGCCUUUCAGCAUCUGGACUUCUUUCUUUAAUUCUUGGACAUUAACUAUUUUUGAUUUGAAUGUUGCCACCUCUUUCCUUCUCCAACCCCUCAUUCAGGCAUUCUUUUACACUGACACGGGAACUUAAGAAUCCAGUUUUUACACCUCAGCUCUUUUUCCAUACUAUCCGUCUCUCAGACCCGUUGUCCUGGGUUCUGGGAGAAUUCUUCGCAUUGAUAGUCAAAAAUUAUCAUUUGCUCUUCACUGUGUACAUUCUUCUCUUCAACCCACCUGUUGAUUUCUAUAAUUAUGGUUUGUAUUCCUGAGACAGCUAAUUGAUUUUUUAUAGCAAUCUGAACUUGUUUCACAGAAGAUACCCCUUCACAUCUCUCUGGGGAUAUUAAAUGUACAUAUGCAGACAUUC